UCUCAUUUCUUCCCACAAACUCUCUCUCUCUCUCUCUCUCCCCCUGUCUAACUUCUUCUCCUGUCUGUGUUUUUUCUCCUCUGAAUUUCCUCAUUUUCUCCUAGUUUUCUAAUUUUUUUAUUCCUAAAAAAUUCAAUUACGGAUUCUUCAAUGCACGAUCUAUCGGUUUCAUGCAAUUUAGAGCUCUGAUCGCCGAUUUUGUUAUCUGAUUUUAAUUCCUUGUGAAUUCGAUAAAGUGAGGCCACAAGAAAUGCUCGAGCCAGUUGAGAGUUCAGUGAAUGGAGGAUUUUCGCAGUUGCAGAGCUGCGGAGAAAGCAGCGAAGAGGAACUCUCUGUUCUUCCUCGUCACACCAAGGUCGUUGUCACUGGUAAUAAUCGUACCAAAUCCGUCCUCGUCGGACUCCAAGGCGUGGUCAAGAAAGCUGUUGGGCUUGGCGGUUGGCAUUGGCUGGUUCUUACCAAUGGCAUAGAGGUGAAGCUUCAGAGGAAUGCCCUUAGUGUGAUUGAAGCACCAACAGGUCAUGAGGAUGAUGAUGACCUGGAGUGUGAAAAUAUGCAGUGGAAUGGUUCAGAUUUAGCAUCUAAUGAUACCCAAAAGUCCCACAGAUCCAGGCAUCGUUCACAUAAAUCAGUAGGUUCAUCUCAGAAGACCAUGAGUCGGUCUCUUUCUUAUGAUUCACAGUCCAAAGGAUCUGUUUCACCUGCUCGAAGUGCCACGAAGGUUGACCUCAGCAAACUUGAAAUGACUGCAUUAUGGAGAUAUUGGCGACACUUCAAUCUUGUGGAUGCCAUCCCCAACCCAUCAAAGGAGCAGUUGAUUGAUGUUGUUCAAAGGCAUUUCAUGUCACAGCAAUUGGACGAGUUGCAGGUUAUAGUGGGGUUCGUCCAGGCUGCGAAAAGACUGAAAACUAUGUGCAACUGACCUUGAAAGAGAAGCAUUGUAUUUGGUUGUCGGCGCUAACAGAUAAUCGUAGUUAUAUGUCCUCUUCCGUCAGUUUCUGUAACAUAUGUAUUUCUCCUUGGCUUAUUAUCUUGUUAGGAAUUUGGGUAGCUGGGUUGUCGGAGUUAUGGUAGUCCUAAUUAUGUAGAUAUUUCAACUAAUGUGACUUUGAACAACUCCUCGUAACUAAAUAUGCUUGCCCAAGUGCAUUGCUCACUGUUUGGGGGAAGUUCUACUUUUUCCUUUUUCAUUUUCACUAAUGUAUAUUCUUAGCUUAGCCGAGUUAGCUCUUAUUUUUCGCA